UUUUAGGCUAAUCUGGUUAUAGGCAGAACGAGGAGGAAGAGUCAGUGGUAGGGAGACCUGUCAGUGUCUAACAGGAGCAGCUCUGAAGAAGGAUGGGGUGUUGUUCAGGUGUUUCCCAACUUGCCAGGGGCACACAGUCACAGCCUGCCUCCCAGUCUCACCACAGAACACUGCAAACAACUGAUACUCUCCACUCAUCUCUCUCCACAGGCUGUGGCACUUCUGCAUCCAGAGCAGUAGACGAAGUCUAUUGGGAAUCAUGAGGAUUUUUUUCCACUACCAGACAUUUAGGUUCAUCUGGCAUGCUAAGCCACCUGGCCGUCACUUUCACAGAGAUCACCAACUUUGGACGCCUCUGACUCUUGCUGAUCUUGAGGCCAUAAAUCGCUAUGACAGGCCAUUGCCUAAGAACUUUAACUUUGCUGGGGAUGUGCUGGACCAGUGGUCCCAAAAGGAGAAGACAGGGGAGAGACCAGCCAACCCAGCCCUGUGGUGGGUGAACGGCAAAGGGGAUGAGGUGAAAUGGAGCUUCAGAGAACUGGGCUCUUUGUCCCGAAAGGCAGCCAAUGUACUUACCAAGCCCUGUGGCCUGCAGAGAGGAGACCGGGUGGCCGUGAUUCUGCCCCAAAUCCCUGAGUGGUGGCUGGUAAACGUGGCUUGCAUACGAACAGGGCUUGUCUUCAUGCCAGGAACAACCCAGUUGACAGCAAAAGACAUCCUCUACCGGCUGCGAGCAUCCAAGGCCAAAUGCAUUGUGGCCAGUGAGGAGGUGGCCCCGGCAGUGGAGUCUAUUGUGUCGGAAUGUCCCCACCUGAAGACCAAACUCCUAGUGUCUCCACACAGACAGAAUGGGUGGCUCAGCUUCCAGGAAUUAUUUCGAUCUACAUCUGAAGAGCACAGCUGUGUGCAAACAGGAAGUCAAGAACCAAUGGCCAUUUAUUUCACCAGUGGGACCACAGGCUAUCCUAAGAUGGCCCAGCACUCACAGAGCAGCCUUGGAAUUGGGUGCACCCUUCCUGGAAGAUAUUGGUUGGGCUUGACCUCUUCAGAUAUCAUAUGGAACAUGUCUGACACAGGCUGGAUCAAAGCCGCCAUCGGCAGCAUGUUUUCUCCCUGGCUUUGGGGAGCCUGUGUUUUUGUGCAUCAGAUGGCCCAAUUUGACACAGACACCUUCCUAAAUACGCUUACUACUUAUCCCAUCACGACCCUGUGCAGCGCUCCCACUGUAUACCGGAUGCUUGUGCAAAAAGACCUUAAGAGAUACAAAUUCAAGAAGCUGCGGCACUGCUUGACAGGAGGGGAGCCACUCAACCCAGAGGUGCUGGAACAGUGGAAGGCGCAAACUGGGCUGGAGCUGUAUGAGGGCUACGGACAGACAGAAGUGGGAAUAAUUUGUGCCAAUCAAAAAGGACAAGAAAUUAAACUGGGCUCCAUGGGGAAAGGAUUCAUACCCUAUGAUGUCCAGAUUAUAGAUGAAAAUGGCAAUAUUCUACCACCUGGGAAAGAAGGGGAAAUUGCCCUCAGACUGAAAUCUACACGGCCCUUCUCUUUCUUCUCUGAAUAUGUGGACAAUCCAGAGAAAACUGCUGCCACAUUAAGAGGAGAUUUUUACGUCACUGGAGACAGAGGAGUGAUGGACAGCGAUGGGUAUUUCUGGUUUGUUGGCAGAGCUGAUGAUCUCAUUAUAUCCUCUGGGUACCGCAUUGGGCCAUUUGAAGUGGAGAGUGCACUCAUUGAGCACCCAGCAGUUGUUGAAUCAGCUGUUGUCAGUAGUCCAGAUCCAAUCCGAGGAGAGGUAGUCAAAGCUUUUGUUGUCUUAUCUGCACCCUUUAAAUCCUCCAACCCAGAGAAAUUAACUCUUGAGCUUCAGGAUCACGUGAAAAAAUCAACUGCACCUUACAAAUAUCCAAGAAAGGUGGAAUUUGUUCAAGAACUCCCAAAGACCAUCACUGGGAAAAUCAAAUGCAAAGUUUUACGAGACCAAGAAUGGGGACGAACAUAGCUUAAUAAGAAAACUGACGGACUAAAUAGUAACAUGGUUGCUUUCUUUUAGUAUUUGCUUCCUUUCAGUGACCACUGUCUUAAAAUGUUCUAAGAUUUUUCCUAGUUGAAAAUUGUUUUGUAUUUAGCCAAAAAAUUCAAAAGUAAAAAUAUAAAAAUACAUGGAUGAAAAUGUUAUAAUGACCAAACUGAGAAAGGUAAUGAUUACAAUGAUUUGUAGUGUUUAAAAUAGCAAGAGUGAAAUGAUUCCUAAAAAACAAAAGUGCAAAAUGAAUUUGUAUUUCACUUAGCCUGUGCCUGAUUAAUUCAAAAUAAAGAACGAUCC